AUGCUGCGAAAACUCAGUACACCGGAGCGUGAACUGUAUGCAUAUUUCGGUCUCCGCCAGCUGCCUCGUGAGCUCGGCUUUGAAGUAUAUGACAGAACACCAUCACAGACGUUCGGUGAACAAACAUCGGUGUGCGAUAUACGUUACCAAUACCUCAACCUGCUGAAGAAGGAUAAUGUCGAUUUCAACAUGCUUACCGGUGUUAUCGGUCGGGGAUAUACAGCAGCCGAUUCAAAAAUCAGCAACUUCCUGCGAAAGAAAACUAAACAGCGCAAUCAUUUCAAUCAUGAAUGA